AUGUCAAGUGAUGGACCCAAGUUUAAGGGUCUGAGAUCAGGAAAUAGAUUACUCAAUGACUCAAGUAAUAAUUUGAGGGCUAAAAACAGCACUGGAAGCGUUAGCCUGACCCUAUCAAGCACUAACACCAGCGGAGAUGCUAAUGAUAACAUGAAAAUCGAGAAUAACACACUUAUUAUUGGUGGGCCCAACAACUUCAGGCGCUUGAGAAAGCCCCAAUUAGGGGCUCUCAACAACAAAUCUCAUUUGAGAGGGCAAUCAACACAGCCGAAAAGUUCUGACGGAUAUUCGACGAAAGAUGAUCAUGGAGAUGGAAAUGGAAAGGAGGCGUUUAUGGGCAAUUACGACACUCAGACUAACGGACAGAAAUCAAAACUCAAGAGAAGGUCUUACAAAUUGGAAUUGGGAUUUCAUGAGGCUAGAUUUUCUGAAGAGCUGGUUAUGCUCGACACUUCUCAGGUCCCUGGAUCUCAAGAAGGAGACCUGGUAGAGCUUAAAACAUAUCGCGGCGCUCCUGGUAAUAAAGGAAAGAAAAUAUACUUUAUAGUGAAACCCUUUGACCGCGACUUCAAGUCGAGGUAUAAGAAUGCACAGGUCUCGAUUUUGUCUGGUCAGCUACAACAAUUAUUGGAUUUACCAACACGAUCCAAAGUGUGGAUCAAAAUCAAAAGUAAAAAGCAGUAUGAGGCCGACCUGAUUGAAUUGAAUGUCAAAGAUUGUCUUGUUAAUAGGGGAGACAUGUGGGUUUUCUCUUCGCAGCUGGUCAAUACAUGUGUGUUCAGUGACCAAAAAAUAGUUUUCCUAGAAACUGUGAGGGCUACAGUUAAAGGAAUUUAUCGCGAUGGUAAGAAACUUUUAUCAGGUUACAUUGGUGAAAAUACCAGAAUCAUAUUUCGGUCUGAGUCUGCUAGGCUAAUUUUCCUAAUACAAAUAACCGACGAAAUGUGGCAUUUUGAGGAAAAUGGCGAAAUUAUGUUCCAUAAGGUUGUUAAUUCUUUGUUUCCCAAAAUUUUCAAAAAAUGGAAAGCAAUUGGUACCCAUCAUGUUAUUACAAUUGUCUUCUCUACUAGUAUAGAUCUAUCAGACGUUCCUUUCCGAGAUAUCGCGGAUGGCGAACGACUAAGCAACACAAAAGAUUAUUACCGCAUAGUUGUUGAUCAGGUGAACAUCGUCCAUUGGAGUGAAAUUAUGAAAACUCUUCGCAGGGAAUUUAUGAAUAUCGCAAAGGAUCUGAAGAAUGUCAAAACAGAAGAUGGUAAUAGUAUCAUAAGAGGUCGUUUCUGCCCGGUCAUAAAAUCGAACGUUUUAGAAAGUGUUUGCUUUGCAGCUACAUUGAUAACCAAUCCUUUCAGACAGCCGGAUCUUCGACGUACCACUACUCAUGUUAUACUAAUUAGCCCAGGAUCGGGUCUUUAUGAUGUUCAAUAUGACCUUUUAAAAGAAACGAGCCGAAAAUUAUUAUCAAUCGAAAUGACCAUUGAUAUUAUCUGCUUAACCAGGGCUCCCUUACACAUAGUCCCUUUACUAAGAUACAGAGAUUAUGACAAUAGGUUGAGAUAUUGUGCUCCUACAUGGCUCAGUAUUUCUUUCUGGAAUGAUUCUUCAAAGGCUCAACAUGAAUGGCAUCCCAGAUGCAAAAUGCAUGAUUUACAAAUGAUGGGAUUGACCGAAACAGAAAUGAAGGGCGAAAUAGCUAUCGAUCAUAUGACUGUACCUUCAGAUGUGAAGUCGAUCACCGAAUUCAUGAGUAAAUAUGAUCAUUGCACUUUCACCGAUCAAAGGAUCCUACGCAAUAGGGACGACAGAUCAUCCAUAUCCUCGGACUUCAUUAAAAGUAAAGAGAGAACUGCUAAGGAUAGUAGGGAAAAAGGCAAAAAGAAAAAUUCUUUAUCAUGGAAAACACCGAAAUCAGCUUCUCCAAUGGUACAAACAUCUGAUAUAUCCCAAGUUUUUGGAGAUUUAUCGAACCAGGGAACAGUGGCUACUGUAUUUCAUCAAACUACUCAAAAGAGACAUCGGGGGAAACUGUCGUCAGAGGGGAGCAAGUCUCUUGCCGUUGAUACCUUGAGGAGCGUCACAAAGGGGCGCUCUGUUUCCAAUUUCACCCAAAGGAUUGUGUCAAAAAUUAUUCCCGAUAUCGAUCUCAAAACGAAGAGAAGCGUUGAUAGCCUGCCUACAAGCGUCAGUAAAGAGCAUGAGAUGACUCAAAAUAUCAACGACUCCUACCCGAAUUCUAUAGUAGCAUCAAAAAGUAUCCCGGUGCUAAAACAAAAUCUGUCAUCUUUUGGGGGCCCGAAGCUGCCUUUCGAAAUGUCACGUUCUCAACCAUCUUCAGUGUAUGGCUCCCCGAGACUUUCCUUGUCGAUGGAGAAGAAACCAAUUUUACCAGAUUUAAGUGAACGUUCGGCACGCAUGAGAUCAGAUCAUACAUUUCAUCAUAGUUGGAUUGAAAUAAAUAAUCCAUCGACACCAGUGAGCGCCGAGAAGGCAGGUCUACUGAUACCUGCCCGUUGGAAAGAUGUUUUCCCAAAAUUCGUCAUGAAAAAGUAUAGUAAGUGGAGGUCACUAACAAUGCCCGCAGAUCUGCCAGUAACUUUCUCGACGUUUCCGACUAAGCACGACUUUGACAGCAACUUCAGCUUUACUAACCACUCCGUCGUCUUAAAUCUUGAUCAAGAAUUGAACAAUCAAACAACUUUUGAUUUGCUGAGAGAUAUGAUAUAUGUCCGCCUUCUAGCUGGAUUUCAAAUAUGCCUUGGUGAAAAUGUCAAUAGAAUUGAAGCUUCCAAAACCAAGGAAAAGGGCAACCUUAAUAUUGCGAAAUAUUUGUCGAAAGACAAUUUCAUGAGCGCAAAAAUAUACUUGAUGAUCGACAACGAAAUUCACAGAUUAGGCUGCAGUUACGAUGGUACCAUUGAAGUCCAAAGACAUAUUCGAAAAGCUGAAGGAAAUAUAUCAGAUUCAAUAGCAAGCUAUAAUCCGCAAAUAAAAACGAGAUAUGAAACGGAAUACCGGGAAACCAUGAUGGAUCCAUUAAGGCGCAACAGAGAGUCAUGCAACUGGAAUCAGCUCGAUCAAGUUCUUGCCGGCUAUGGCGAUUCAAUUAUUGAGCAAAAUAAGAAGCAAUUCAGGUCGAAAUUCGUAAUCUUGCCUGCUCAAGUUCCUCCAAAUACAUUUUCGUCAACUAUUAAUGGUCGCAAAGAAACAUUAAGUGCCGAGGAAAUUAGACUGGAAGGAUUAAGGCGUGUUAUAUCCUCUAUUUUCAGGGCAAGAAUAAUGACAGAUAGAGAAAAGAGCGAUCGCAAAUCUUCCAAAGACGAAAUUUUCCCUGAGGUUCUUUUCUAUACCGGCUCGCUAUUUGAUUUCAUCGACGAACAAAUGGAAAUAUUGAAGACUUCUGGAACAACUACUAAGGAUUCAAUUUUUAUUGAUGAAGGAGAUAGAUUAAACAAAGAUUCUGACCUUUCUAAGUUAGCUUAUGAAAUGCAGUGUAGUAAGGCUCCUUUGAAACUAGUGAAUAGAAAAUGGCACUGGAAGAGACAUGAAAACUGUUUUAUUGGUUUAGAGAUGGUGAAUUGGAUAAUUGAACAUUAUUCAGACAUUGACACGCGCGAAGAAGCAGUUCUUUAUGGCCAAAAUCUAAUGAACAAAGGACUCUUUGUUCAUGUUGAGAAUAGGCACGGAUUCUUAGAUGGACAUUACUUUUAUCAGAUUUCUCCUACAUAUGUUUAUGAGUCCAAGUCUCAGGAAAAGUCAAAGGUGGACUCAAAAAGCUUCACCGAGAACAAGUCUAGUAAGCGAGGCCGCUCUGCAAGCAAUAGAUCAGACUCUGCAAGUUCUGCCUUGCAUUCUUCUGUUUCGAAGCAAAAUAGCGCUGCGGCAUCAAAAAGAGAUGACAGGGAGGAAGUCAGCAAGACAACGGUUCUCUUAAGCAAUGUUUUAACAAUAAAUGUUGAUCCAACUGGGAAGUCAUAUAAGUCUGAGACAUGUAGAGUGCAUUAUGAUCGAGUUCACAAUCCCGAUCAUUGCUUCCACAUCAGACUGGAAUGGCUUACUGCUACUCCUAAACUAAUCGACGAUUUGAUAAAUAAUUGGGCAAGACUUUGUGAGCGAUACGGAUUAAAAUUGGUAGAGGUUCCUUGGGAUGAAUUGUGUACCAUACCUCUCACUAACCCUUUUCAUUCUUUUGUGGAUAUCACUUUGGCAAUAAACCCCUGGGACGAUUUGGAGUUCGAAAACAGCCAAAUAAUGUUACAAAACAAGUACUAUUAUCACAGGUAUCUGUUAGAAAAGUCAGGGUUUUUGGUUGACAACCGUGCUUCAAAAUUUUUGCGGAGCGAUACUGAAUAUGAAAUUAUGUAUUCGUGGGGAAGACCAAAGUUUAAAUUCAUCCAGUAUGUUCACUGCACUGGUGCAUAUAUCGCUGAAAUCAGAGAAAAUGGCAAUCUCUUUCUGGCUCCAAACAACAAUCAUCUCUCCAGGGUCAACAUUGGUAACAUCACCGGCAAAAGGCAUAAUUCUCCGAAGUUCUUUCUAGACUCACAGAAAGUUAUGUUAGAUUUCAGGGAAACCUGCCUCAAUUAUGACAAACUCAGAAUCAUAUUCUUGGAGGCGAAAGAAAGAUGGCUAGAACACAAUACAGAUGACGACUUCACAGGCUUAAGGCCAUUACAUUCCAAGACAUGA